AGAUGAGUCAUGUAAACUAGGCGUGGUUUCUGACUAAAGUGAGGUGGCUGUUGUUGGGCAGAAGAAGCGCUGCAGCUUGCUCUCGAGUCCGUCUGACUAACUUCUUAGUUUUAAUUAUUUUAGAUAUGGAUAACCAGAAGCCCAGGAGCAGCAACCAGACUUCCCCUUCCCAUAAACUGUCAAAUGGCUACAUUCUACCUGAGGGCAAACUGACUCCCAACGCCCUCUUUGUUGGUGGAAUUGACAUGAAGGUGGAUGAAAAUGAAAUGCGGGACUUCUUUGCAAGAUAUGGUCCAGUAAAGGAAGUAAAAAUCAUCACAUACCGUGGAGGGAUCUGCAAAGGGUAUGGGUUUGUGUACUUCAAUGAAGAGGUCAACAUUCAGUCAAUCAUUGAGCAACAGAUCAGUUUUAAGGGCCGGAAACUCAAGCUGGGCCCUGCCAUUAUGAAAGAAAGGAGCGCUCGGUCCAUGCCAUCCCGUCUGUUUGGCCCGGCUCCCUGGAUGAGCCCCGCUCAGUACUUCUACUGCGCCUGCUGCUCACCCAUGGGAGGGGCAAUGGCACCACCUUCGCCCAUCCUCAAUGGAGGCAGCCCCUACAGUCAGCCGUACUCUUACUCCAACUUUGGAGGGGUCAUGAUCCCACAGAUGCCAAUGAACUACGCACAGAACGCCUACGCCUACCAGUACACUCCACCUCACUGGAUGGCGGACCAGAGGACACGGCCUGUCAAUCAGAACUUUGUGGACUGCGGAGUCCAGACAAUGAUGACUGUGCUGUAGUCCACAGCUACUGAGCCCCUUGCCAGAUGUUCUACAGUGGCUACAGUGAGUCAAAAUGCGGACCGGAUUACAUCUUGAUGUUCCAGAACGGCUGGAAGCAACCCAACGUCUCGCACUGUUUCCUGAAUGCCCUCCUCUCGCUUUUUGAGACCCAUUUUAACACCAGACUGCAGGAGCUCUCCACUUUUUCGGUAAUUUGAUCACAAUCACUUUGACCACGACGGGUAAGGACUACUGUCGUGUGGUCAAACCGCUUUUAACCCACAUGGAUCACAGGGACAGAAGAGCAGAGCACCCCUCACCGUACCAGCUGAUGUAUGGGCUCACAUUCCUCAUUCUUGUUUGUACACCUUUGUUAGUAAUCCCAAAGAAAAAUGGAAGAGACUUUUAAGCUCACCUUUUGUGCCUAUUUAUAUUUUAUGUUUAAUUUAUUUUUGGAAUUAUUUUAAGUGUUUGUUUGGUUGGGGGCUCUCUGUACAUAUAAAAGGUUUGUUUAUAUAUAUAUUGUAACAAUGUCUUGACAGCAAUCUGGUUGUUUCAGCAUUGGAGUAGAAUGAUAGUUUAACUCCAGUUCAGGUCUAAUGCCCCUCUGAUUAAGAAAUUGUAUUAACUUGUGUACUACAGUAUAAGGGCACUUGGUCACUCCAUUAAUUUCAAGCACUCACAUUUAUUUUCUGCUCCAUUCUAUUUAAAGGGAUACUUCAACGAUUAGCAUUAAGCUUUGUAUCAGUAGAAACCCGGUAGUCUUUUUGAAUGGCCGUGCUUCCCUCCCUCAUGUCCCCCUGAU